GAAAAACUAGCUUGCUAUCAGUCACAGCAGCCUCAGCUUGUCCCCGCUGCCAGGCAUAGCUGCUGGACACAUAGUGUUAGAUGAAACUACUGCGUCGAGAACUUUCAAUUUUUUUUUGUAGCUUUUUGGUAAUACAAUUUAAUGAAAAGGGAAUACACUUGUCUGCUUUAAUAAACUGUGGAAGGAAUCUGAUCAUCUGGAAGAGGACAAUUUUCAGACCUAUCGGCUGCCUUUGAUACUGUGAACCAUCAGAUCCUCCUCUCCACCCUCUCCGAGUUGGGCAUCUCCGGCGCGGCCCACGCUUGGAUUGCGUCCUACCUGACAGGUCGCUCCUACCAGGUCAGAGCUUGGGAUGAAUAACCCCAAAGUGACAGAAAUGAUUCCUUUUCUUGUCUGAGUGAAGCCUCAUCAAGAUACAUUUUGUUUGUCAUCCUAUAAAAUGAUGCCAAAGCAGCUGACCCGCACCUCACCUGGGAGUGUGUGUUCCCUCCGUGGUAUCAGCAUCCCAGGAUCCCUAGCCGUGGCCAUCACAGCCAAAAUGGACAAUCAGGUCAUUGGCUAUAAGGACUUGGCAGCCAUCCCCAAAGACAAGGCGAUAUUGGACAUUGAGAGGCCGGACUUAAUGAUCUACGAACCCCAUUUCAAUUACACGCCUCUGGAACUAUCGGAGGUGCCCCGAAGCAGAGAGAGGUCCAUGUCUCCGUGUUCAUUCUCCCACCCUGCUUCUCCUGAGACCAUUCUAUUCAAGGAUCCCAAGGAGUGGCUGGAGAGCAGGGAGUCACCUGGAGGGUCAUCAGCAGGUUCAAACCUCCAACUCAAAACCAGCUCUGCAUUAGACACCACCACCAAGCUCCCCACACAGCACUUUCACAGGCCAGAUAAUGGAAUGAAUAUAUACAAGAAGCCACCAAUUUACAAACAAGAUGUAUUAGCAUCCAUCCCCCAGGGGAAACAGAUAGAGGAUCUCAUCAUUGAGUCAUCUAAAUUCCCUGCCGCCCAGCCACCUGAUCCCAACAAACCCUCCAAGAUUGAGACAGAUUACUGGCCCUGCCCCCCCUCCCUGGCUGCAGUUGAGACAGAGUGGAGGAAGAAGGCUGAGUCCCGGAGGAGGGAGGGAGAGAGGGAUGAGGAGGAUGAUGAAUAUGACAAUGGAGACCUGUCCGAUGAUAUGUGGGGACUACGGCAACUGCAGAAGCUGGAGCUCAACAAAAUUCAGUCGAACUUGGGAAAGAUAAUCUUGAAAGAGGAGCUGGAUAACGCUGUGCCCAUCCGCAGGAAAACUCGCUCACUGCCUGACCGGACAGCAAUGCACAUGGGGUCAUCCUCCAAUGCCUCCAAAAACAUACAUUUCCAAGCAACCAGUAGGAGUGGUCAGACCAGGCUCCAGUCUGCCGAGUUCACCCAAUCUGACAGUGACAAAGGAGGACCAGGCCUCCAGAAUGGAGAUUCUCAGAGAGGAAGAAUGGACAGGGGAAACUCACUGCCAAGUAUGCUGGCUGAGAAGAUAUAUCCAUAUGAAAUGCUCCUAGUGACCCACAGGAGAAGGAAUAAACUCCCACCAGGAGUAGACAGGAUGAGACUGGAGAGGCAUCUGUCCGUGGAGGAAUUCCAGAAUCUAUUUGGGAUGCCCAUUGAGGAGUUUGAUCGCCUCUCCCUCUGGAAGCGGAAUGACUUGAAGAAGAGGGUUUCCCUUUUCUAGAGUGAGGAGACCUACCUACACAUCAAAAGCCACCACACUCCCUUGGGAAAUUUGAUGAACAUAAACUGUCCAAUGCAACAACCCAGGAAGGGAGAUUAAAUUAAUAUCUGUCAUAUCUUUGCCAAAUCGGCUGCUUUGAAUCCCCAUUCCUUAUAUCAACUCUAUAACAACUCUAUAAAGGGUCAGAGCCUUCAUAUACUCUUGAAUUGUAGUUGCAGAGAAGAAACCUAAUAAGAGGACAGAGGCUUGGGCCAAGUAGAGAUUUCAUGAAGUCUUUGCAUUUGGUCCGUACUGACAGGCUCACCAAUAGAGUUAGAUUGGACUGACCACUGAUAUACCUACAGUAGGCUAUUUUACUGCUAAUCAAAGUUAUGGAUGGCUAAUUCUCAGUUACUAGAUCACUGCCACAUGUGAAGCCAUAUCGAUUUAUUAAUUAAACCACUAAAAUACCAAUAAAAUGUUUUAGUUUAUAGAAUUGGAGCACUAGAUGGAUGCCUCAAUUUCAAUACACCUCGAAAAAUUCUCUAUUUCAAAACACAAACAUUGCACUAAGCUGAAUAGUCUACAUAUCAUAUUUUUUAAAAUAAAUAACAAUUUGAAGUGUAAAUCAAUAAUUUGUAAAUCAAUAGUUAAAGUUUUUAAGGUGUGCUGGUUUAGAGACAAUUAAGAUUGUGUCCCAAAUGGUACUUUAUUCUCAUGUAGUGCAAUAUUUUUGACCAGGGCCCAUAAGGCUCCCAUAAGGCUCUGGUCAAAAGUAGUGAACUACGUAGUGAAGAGGGUGCCAUUUGUGAUGUACAAUACAAUCUGUUAGACUCAGUCGCUCUACACAUCAGGUGUAGAUUUAUAGAACAUAAAACCUUAUCUCCAAGAUGUCUGCAUCUUAACCCUAUCCAGACAUGCAAACAUACAAAUGAUCAAAGUCAUCCACAACUUAUAGCCAAUAUAGGUUUAUUACUGAAUGAUUGUCUAAACAGUACAUAUUGCCCACUUGAAAAAAAGUGUGCUCUUAUUAUUUUACUACUGGUAUGUUGGAUGAAGUGCAGUUUUCCUGUUUUAAAAGGUGAGAACAUUAAGGAGGCUUAGGCUAAGUUAGCUUCAAAAUCUUGUGGGACGCUUACCUUUACAACACUGGCCACUGCCCUGUUUAUAUAUAUCAAGUUUGUACACCACUCCAGAGGGGUUUUAGACAUGUUGCUUUUGUGACCAAAUAAUGUACAGCUAUUUUUUAUUAGAAAAAAAAUCCUUUCAUGUAUCAAUACAAGAAUGUAGGGUAAAUAAACACAUUCAUCAUUAAAAAGAAGAAGGAAGAUAACCACCUCCCUUACAAAUGCACUACAUUGGAACGAGGACAGGAGGACAAUGGACUAGGAGGGUCACCACUGAGGGAACAGAAGGAGUUGAGAGCAAGAGACAAGGGGCUGCUUCCUGUGUUCCGCUAUGACCACAUCAACCUCCAUAUUGGACUGAAGUAGUGGCCUGGUGGAGGUGUAGCCUCUUGUACCCCCUAACUGACAAUGUCAUGGCUCAAAAAACAAAACCAAAUCUUGGAUGGAUGCAGGCUAAAGGACUCAGGGCCAGCCUUUCUGUCCACUUUCCCUGUGCCUUGAAUGCUACAGUCAGGGGCUACUUCCCAAAUGGCACCCUAUUUGGUAUAUAGUGCACUAUUUUUGACCAGGGCCAAUAGGCCUCUGGUCAAAAGUAGUGCACUAUUUAGGGAAUAUUGUGCCAUUUGGGACAUAGUUACAGUGUGGAGCCUGUUAAGGUCCUGGUCAGGCCUCACUCCAGUCAUUUUUCUUAUCAUCAGGUGAGGUGGUAGCAAAGACACUGUCACAAAAUGUUUUGAGUUGGCACACAUCUGAUGUGCCUCUAGAGCCCCAAGUAGAGAUGUAUGAAAGUCAACCAUGGAGCAUCAGUGUAUUCUAUCUAAGAAUAUUUUUGAGUGGUCAUUGCACAUAUCCACUUUGUGACUGCUUUGCUUUAGAUUUUAGUUCUGCCUGUGUUUUUUGAAAGGCAAGGGGCCGGAAGGAUUGCAUUAUGAACAAGCCCUUGAGCUGGAAAUUGUUCACUCAAUGGUGAGGGUAAUAGACAAUCCUCUAGAUUCCAUGCUCCAGUAUAUAAUAUUGAUGACAUUAUCUUCACCAAUGGGAUACCUGAUUGAGGAUACACCCUAUUCAUAACGCUUUCAAAUGCUCUCACUGUAUCAAGCACUCUCAUGGUAGUUAAGACACUGUCACUGUUGCAGCAUCAUCUAAGAUUGUCUUCAUGCUUUGUAUAUGAAAGUGGGCUGGGGAAAACAUUUAAGAAAAUAUUGAGUUGGAGUGAUUGGUUUGUACCUCACUUCCUAGGUUUUUUGAAUCUGUAAGUCAUUAAAAUACUGAGUUUUUUUUAUGUAGUUUUAGAUUAACCUGAUUUGAUAACUAAUAUAAUGACAAAAAUUGAUAUGAUUGAUUAGUUCCACUGCAAGUUGGAGCUCAGAUAUUGUACAUUAUUUUGUGUAUUCUGAUGCAACUAGGGUGCAAAACAUACACAGCAAUGAAUGCACACAAGCAUAUUUUCUCAUUUAAACUAAGGUGAAAGAGGACUGAAAUGAUCAAUGGUGAGUGGAAAUAAAAUGCAUUUUUUGGUUUGAGGAAAAUGUAUUUUCCA